CAGGCAGCUAAUCCCAGCCAUCGACACGGGGGGAGCAGCCCUGGAGCCGGGCUUGUCCAGCUCACAGGUCUCCGCACGCCUGGUGUCUCUGUCCGGCCGUCUGUCCGUCCGUCCAUCCGUCUGCAGGAGUGCUCCGGGUGUGGCACAGCGCAGCUUGCACCAUGUCCAGACAGGGGCUGCCGGGGCUGGCGGUGCUGCUGCUGUUGGUCACCCGGCUGCCGGCUGGUCACCCCGCACCACCGGCCGGGACCCUGGCCCUGCGGAGUGGUUUGGGUAGUUCUCCUUCGUGCCGGCUGUCCCAGGCUGAGUCGGAGCUCAGGUGCCGCGUCCCGGGGGGGAAGCUGUGCAGUGACAGAGGCAGGUGCGAGUGUGGAGUCUGCAUCUGCCAAGUGAUCGAGGCCGGCAAAUACUACGGUCCGCUUUGCGAGUGCCACGACUGGGUCUGCGAGGUCUACGAUGGGAAGGUCUGUGCAGGCCAUGGCAAGUGUGACUGUGGGAAGUGCAAAUGUGAUGAAGGCUGGUAUGGUGAAGCUUGUCAGUAUCCAACUACUUGCAAUCUUACGCGGAAGAAAAGCAAUGAAAUGUGUAAGAAUUCUCAAGAUAUCAUCUGUUCUGGUGCAGGCACAUGUCAGUGUGGCAGGUGUAAAUGUGCAGUCUCAGAAGGAAAUGGACUGGUCUAUGGUAAAUUUUGUGAAUGUGAUGACAGAGAAUGCAUAGAUGAUGAGACUGAAGAGAUUUGUUCAGGCCAUGGAAAGUGUUACUGUGGAAACUGUUACUGUGAGGCUGGUUGGCAUGGAGAUAAAUGUGAAUUCCAGUGUGACAUCACCCCCUGGGAGAUCAAGAAAAGAUGCACAUCUCCAGAUGGCAAAAUCUGCAGCAACAGAGGCACAUGUGUAUGUGGGGAAUGCACAUGCCAUGAUGUGGACCCAACUGGUGACUGGGGCGAUAUUCAUGGAGAUACUUGUGAGUGUGAUGAAAGAAACUGCAAAGCGGUGUAUGAUAGAUAUUCUGAUGACUUCUGUUCAGGUCAUGGACAGUGUAAUUGUGGAAGGUGUGACUGUAAAGAAGGAUGGACUGGGAAGAAGUGUGAACAUCCACGUUCUUGUCCAUUGUCAGUUGAGGAAAGUGCUAAGAAAUGCCAAGGAAAUUCUAAUUUACCUUGCUCUGGAAGAGGGAGGUGUGAAUGUGGCCAAUGCACUUGUUUCCCUCCAGGAGACAACAGAGUCCAUGGCAAAAACUGUGAAUGUGAUGAUCGACAGUGUGAAAAUGCAGACGGCGAUGUCUGUGGGGGCCAUGGUAUCUGCUCAUGUGGCCGAUGCAUUUGCCAGGACGGGUGGUUUGGAAAGAUGUGCCAACAUUCAAGGAAGUGCAACAUGACGGAGGAGGAGAGCAGGAGUCUCUGCGAGUCAGCGGAUGGCAUAUUAUGCUCGGGGAAGGGUUCCUGCCACUGUGGAAAGUGCAUCUGUUCACCACAGGAAUGGUACAUUUCGGGCGAUUUCUGUGAAUGCGAUGACAGAGACUGUGACAAACACGAUGGUCUCAUUUGCACAGGCAAUGGUGUUUGUAACUGUGGAAACUGUGAGUGCUGGGAAGGAUGGAAUGGAAACGCUUGUGAAAUCUGGCUGGGGAGAGAAUACCCUUAACAAAGGACAUCAAAGACUGAGUUGUUUGGGGUUUUGUUGUUGCUGUUGUUGUUUUUCUUUAGGCUGCUAGAACAUUUAUUUUCAGAAGUAUUCAGAGUGUAGGUGUGGGUGUGCAUUCACACACAUGUACAUGGGUGUAAAUACUCUAGAACACUCCCUGGAGGGUCUGCUCCUUAAAGAAAUGUGUGGCAAUACUAAAAGAAAAGAAAAAAGUUAACAAUUCCUUUGGAGUGGGACAGUCCAGGCUUUGAAAGAUGAAGUCAUAUAAUACUGCCCGUGUGGAAGUUCUCCAGAGUUUUUUGGUGAAUUCAGUGGGACUGCGAUCAUACCUGUAAUGCCUGCUUCUUAAGCAACCUAUAGAAAAAUGUGUUAGAAAACCCUUUUUUUUUUUUUUUUUUUAACAUCAUUUACUUGGUUGUCACCUCUCUAUAUCACUAUGCAUCAGUAUUUCUGUAGAGGAGUAGCGCUGGUUGAAUAUUUGUCAAAUAAUUCAUUUGAUUCAUUUUACGGUGUUUGACAAAUACAGUAUUUGGUCCUUUUUUCUUUCUGACAAUCCUGAUUAUGCACCAGCUCAUAAACUGAGAGAAGCUGUAAAGAAGUUUAUGGAAACAUUAAUGAUUUUUAAUCUGGCCAAAUAAUUGUAUGUAUUUGUACAAGUGAGAUCCAAUUACCUGACAGCCAUAGGCUGAAGACCCAAAAUGUUUGAACAGACCCUUGUCCACAAGAGAACUUGGUUUCUAUGGUUAAUGUGUCAGCAAUUUGGUUAUCUAGUCUACGUAGUAUGAUACUUUAAAAUACAUAACCUAUAGGAAUAUAAGGAAUGAAACUAAUAAAGAUAUGAAUGUAUGAUUAAGUAUUCUGAAUAUAUAUCCUGCAAUUCAUAUGUACUGUUAUCAUAUUGCUCUAUGUAUGUACAGUUGCCUAGUCCUCUUUAAAGUAAAGCAAAUGAAAAUUUGUUAUACCAGCAA